UUUAUUUUGAAAGACAGGAAGUGGUUGUAGGCAGGGACUCGACGGUCAUAUUUCGCACUGCACUGCAUUGCCCACCUAGCUCAUUUAAACCAGAUUCAGCAGCUGUUGAUGGGGUCAGUUUGGAGUUGUUUCAGCGACGUUACUUAGUAACGCUAGCUAGUUGUGUUAGACAUGCAAGUCUUGAACAGCAGACGUCAGGGAGAUUAGCCAGGGAUCUAGAGUAAGAACAAUGUUGGUCCCCAUAUUCAAUCUGAAACUAAACCAGAAGAUCAACCCUCGUAUGAUGACUAUUGGGAAAUUUGACGGAGUCCACCCUUGCCUUACUGCAGCCACACAGGCUGGAAAGGUUUUUAUCCACAACCCUCAUACUCGUGCUCAGAGACCUGUAGCCCACCGACUGAGCCAGAGUGCCCAGGACUCUGACAUCUCCCUGCUCAACAUCAACCAGGCAGUCACUUGUCUGACGGCGGGAACGCUAGGACCAAAUACCACUGGGGACACACUAUUAGUGGGGUCCCAGACAAACCUGCUGGCCUAUGAUGUCCAUGACAAUGCUGAUGUAUUCUACAGAGAGGUGACAGAUGGGGCCAAUGCUAUUGUGUUGGGGAAACUCGGUGACAUCUCUAACCCUCUUGCCAUCAUUGGAGGGAACUGCGCCUUACAAGGCUUUGACUAUGAGGGCAAUGACCACUUUUGGACAGUAACUGGCGAUAACGUCAGAUCCCUGAUGCUCUGUGAUUUCACUGGUGAUGGGAAAAAUGAGCUCCUGGUAGGGUCUGAGGAUUUUGACAUAAGGGUAUUCAGAGAGGAUGAACUUGUGUCUGAGAUGACUGAAAAUGAGACAGUAACAUCACUGUGCCACAUGCACGGCAGCAGGUUUGGCUAUGCCCUGGCUAAUGGCACCGUAGGAGUCUAUGAUCGCACUGCCCGCUACUGGAGGAUUAAGUCAAAAAAUCACGCAAUGAGCAUCCAUGCCUUUGACCUGAAUGCUGAUGGUGUUGUGGAGCUCAUCACUGGCUGGUCCAAUGGAAAGAUUGAUGCUCGUAGUGACCACACAGGUGAGGUCAUUUUCAAAGACAAUUUAUCCUCUUCUGUGGCUGGAGUAGUGGAGGGAGACUACAGGCUGGAUGGACAGAAACAACUCAUCUGCGCCUCCAUAGAGGGAGAGGUGCGUGGUUACCUGCCAGCCAGUAAGGACCUGAAAGGGAAUCUAAUGGACUCAAGUGCUGAACAGAACCUCAUUAGAGAGCUCAGCCAACGCAGACAGAACCUGCUGCUGGAGCUACACAACUAUGAAGAGCAUGCCGAGGGUGUGUCUGAGACAAACAGCAGGAUGGGUGUCAUACCAGCCAACACUCAGCUGCAGAUAGCGCUUUCAGUGAGACCUGCUACAGAGGCCCAGAAGGCUCAUGUUGAGCUCUGCAUUUCAACACCAAAUGAAACCAUUAUCCGUGCAGUGCUCAUCUUUGCAGAAGGGAUAUUUGAGGGUGAGAGCCAUGUUGUUCACCCCAGUUCCCAGAACUUGUCAGGUUGUGUUCGGGUCCCCAUCGUCCCUCCAAAAGAUAUACCAGUAGAUCUACACAUAAAGGCCUUUGUUGGAGGCAAAACUAGCACCCAGUUCCAUGUGUUUGAAAUCACCCGUCAACUGCCUCGUUUUUCCAUGUAUGACAUCACAGUUGACUCCUCAGCUGCUCCGCCCAGUGGAAAGGUCACCUUCAGCAUUAACGACCGACCACAACGGGUGGUGAUGUGGCUGAAUCAGAACUUCCUGCUUCCAGAGGGGGUGAGCAGUCCUGAUGUGUCUUUUACUUCACUCAGAGGAAGGGGAAUGUUGUCAAUCAGCAUGGCCAGCAAUGGACAGAUCACUCUGAGAACUGAUGACAUUGACCUGGCAGGAGAUCUGGUCCAAUCACUGGCCAUCUUCCUGGCUAUCGAGGACCUUUCAGCAGAAGCAGACUUCCCAGGAUACUUUGAAGAGCUCCGCACUACACUCACAGAGGUGGAUGAGUUACACUCUGUGCAUCAGAAGUUAACUGCAUCCAUGGCCGACCACUCCAACUACAUCAGAAACAUGCUGGUGCAAGCAGAGGAUGCUCGCCUCAUGGGUGACAUGACAAUGAUGAAGAAGCGUUACAGAGAGCUGUAUGAUCUAAACAGGGAUCUUAUCAACGAGUAUAAAAUUCGCUCCAACAACCACAAUGCCCUGCUGGCCUGCCUGAAGUCUGUCAAUCAGGCCAUACAGCGGGCUGGUAGACUCCGAGUGGGUAAGCCCAAGAACCAAGUGAUCUCUGCCUGCCGAGAUGCCAUCAAGAGCAAUAAUCUCAAUGCACUCUUCAGGAUCAUGAGAGCUGGCACUGCAUCCUCCUGAGGGUGGAAGAGAGUGGACCAAUAGACUAAAAGAGAAAGGGAUGCUGACAAGCAAAAAUGUGUGGUUUUAAAAGCAGAAGACACUAGGACUCUGGAAUGGGGACACUUGUAGCCUUAAUGCAUCUUUUUCUAUGAUUUAGUUUUAAGCAAGAGCCCUGCAGCAACAUUCAGCAUUAGCUCCUUUAAACUUUUUUUUUGCUAGCUCAGAAACAGAAUAAAGCACAGGCUCAGUGCACUGGUGUAACCAUUACUCAUCUCAGUCUAGCUGGAGCUAGACUGGCUGGCUGUUUGGCAGUUACAGCUUAUCUAAGCAAUUGUCACAAUUAGUGUAGUGAUAUUAAAGACAGAACUCUUUAAAGUUCAGCUGGAGCAAAACAGUGGCAGCUUUUCCCCAAACCUUCUCUCAGAAGUAAUGGAACACCAAGCAUCUGAGUACAGUGAUGCUUUGGAUAAAUUCUUGUUAAUUUGUUGAUGUGAAAACAUGCAAAACAGUCUUUCUUCAAUUGUUGCUCACAUACAUAAGAACAAAAGUUGUGCCUGAUGUUCAUUUAAUGUACUAGGUGUUCCAAGUGAUGUUGCACAACUUUGUAAGAAAUGUUCAAACUCCAGAAAAAUCCAAUUUAGUUUCCACAAAAAUGUAAGCAUUUGGUGGAAAAACGGCCAUGUGCUGGAUCAGCACCCUGGCAGUUGGGUUCGGCUGACUCAGUGAUGUUUAGAGAGAACGCAGCUGGAGGGAGACGGGGAGCAGCCUCCUCUCAAACAGGCGUGCCAUUGACCGCCCACACUCAGGCCUGUGCCCCUAGCUGUUGUGUGUUUGUAGCCAAAGAAAGUGAUUUAAAAUGAAUGUCACAGAAGACCAACACUGUGUGUUUAACUUGUUUACCUCUUGUAGAUUGUAACUUUAACUGUGUUGGUGGAAAAUAUUAAAUUGUGUAGCUUACUUUAA